UCUGAUUGGUUGACGGUCGUUUCCUGUUGCAGCGCUCCUGAUUUAAAAAGGCUUCGGUUAGAUAUUUUGGGGUCUGGUUCGCCAUUGUUAAAAAACGUUUUCCGCAAUGUUUCUUAUAGUGAUACUUUUUGAUUAACACGCUUUUAGAACAAGGAUUCCACAUAUCAAAUCGUUCAGACAUGGCGCAGCGUGUGGCAGUAUCAGAUGGAGCAAACAAGAAGGUUUCCAGGGUUCGGGUAGCGGUUCGUCUUCGACCCUACAUGGGCACACAAGAUGAGAAAAACGAGGGAUCGUGUGUGAGAGGCCUGGACUCAAAGAACCUGGAAAUAAUCAACUGGAGAAAUGCUACAGAAACAGUCAAAUACAGUUUUGACGUUUUUCAUGGUGAGCAAACGACACAGCAAGAAGUUUUCCUCUCAGUGAAACCCAUUCUACCACACAUACUGACCGGACAAAAUGCCAGUGUCUUCGCCUAUGGACCAACAGGAGCUGGCAAGACUCACACUAUGAUGGGCACUUUGAAUCAGCUGGGCGUAAUCCCUCGAGCCGUUCGUGAGGUCUUUAAAAUGGUGAACGCCAAGAAUGAGGAUGAAGGCUGGGACUACAGCAUUAGCAUGUCUUAUUUGGAAAUUUACAAUGAGAAGGUGCUAGAUCUUCUAUCGCCAGGCUCCCAGGAUUUACCCAUCAGAGAGGACAAGGACAAAAACAUCCUUAUCCCUGGCCUCACUCACACAACCAUCACCUCCUUCUCAGACUUUCACAAACACUUUGUACCUGCCAGCCUUAAUCGCACAACGGCUUCUACCAAAAUAAACCAGCGCUCCAGCCGCAGCCAUGCUGUCCUCCUCCUCAAGGUUGUGCGAACUCAGCAUGCGCCGCCUCACAGACAACAGACAGGGAAGCUGUACCUGAUAGACUUGGCUGGGUCUGAGGACAACCGGCGCACCGGCAACCAGGGAAUCCGCUUGAAGGAGAGCGGGGCCAUCAACCUCUCCCUCUUCACGCUCAGCAAGGUGGUGGACUCUCUUAACUCCAGCACUGCCGUCCGUGUGCCCUACAGAGACAGUAAACUGACUCGGCUGCUGCAGGACUCUCUGGGCGGCUCGGCGCACUCUGUCAUGAUCACCAACAUUGCACCGGAGUACAAAUUCUACUUUGAUACUUUUGGUGCACUCAAUUUCGCCUCCAAAUCUAAACUCAUUGUCAAUAAGCCCUUCAUCUGUGAAACUGUGGCUGUGCCUGUGUCUGUGCUGCCAGUGAAGCGGGCCAGAGACGGACAGGAGGCGGGGAGGUCUGGCACCGAGCCACAGAAGAAGAGGCAGAGGGAGGAGAAGAAAACCGAACAGGAUGGUUCCCGGAUUUCGGCCCAUUUACACAGUCCAUCAGAGCCGUCAGUGAUGGACAGACUGUUAGCUCUGGAGAAGCAGGUGAUGAACGGCGGAGACAAAGAUAAACCCGACGAUUCUCGCAAGGAGAUCCAGGCGCUCAAAGAGAAGCAGAGGGAGUUGGAGAGCAAGGCCAUGCUGUACAAUCAGGUGCUCGGUGAAUUAUCCGGAGUCAAACGGGAGUCGGCCUUCAAGAAUAGCUUGGCUCCUCUGCAGAGGAAACAGUCGACUGCCUCUAAAGGCAUCAAGCAGCAGGCCGUGGUCAAGCCCCUACAAGUGUCCCAGCUCCUGCCACUUCAGACGAGUGCAGUCGUCAAAAAACAGUCCGUCUGCGCCAAGAAGAAAGAGAAGAAGCUCUUCGACCAGGUUGAGCCUCCAGAGGGUAAGGAGAACUUCAUAGAGAAAGGCUGGGAGUCCCAAAUCGACACAUCUGUGCUGGAUAUCUCCAAACAUAAAAUCCUGCAGAUUCUGAACAGCGGCUCGCUCAAAGAGCUGAAGGGUCUGCAGCUGAUCGGAGACAAGAAGGCCAAGCUCAUCCUGGGCUGGAGGGAGAUCCAUGGCCAAUUCAAAAAGUUGGACGAUUUGAUAAAAGUUGAGGGUAUGACAGGAAAGAGAUAUCCCUCUUUCAUGAAGGCAAACAUUUUGAGUGUCAUGGGAUAUUGAUUUUUCAACUUUUUUAUUUUUAAUAAUAUACCCUUGUCUAUUGUAUAUAAUCCUUUAUCUGGCGAGUUUUUUUUUUGUGUGAUAUUUUUGUAGUUACUACAGUGUUCCAGCUGAUGGCGCAAUCCUGCUUUGUAAUAAACCCAUCACGUGACCCUGAA